AUUCAACGAGAGAGCACUUCAUAUUUACGAGCCUGUGGCCAAGCACUGAAACCUUGCAAAGAUGGAUAGCAAACCAAGCAUGGAUGAAGUUACUGGUUUUGACAAGACCAAGUUAAAGAAAGCGGAGACGGUGGAGAAGAACCUACUGCCCACAAAAGAAACAAUUGCAGAGGAAAAGAAAUUUACAGAGAAGUCAUGAAACUGAUCCUUCCAAAUAUGCACUGUACAUUCCACAAGCAUUGCCUUUUUCACUUCUUUUAGCUGUAACUUUAACAAGAUGAAUUGUGAUUGAAUGAGGGAAAAUGAACUGAGCUGGCUACACCCUUUUAUGGCCGAAAUUCACUACUCCUGAUCUUGGGACAUCAGCUGUCUAAUUGCUGCAGCUUUGAGUUUUUUUGUUGUUUUUUUUUUUUUUUU